UUCUUGGCUUGGUAGUGAAUUCUCUAGAAUAUACCAUUGCCAGCUUGUUUUACAUUUGUUUUUGGCUUGAUGAUGAACAUGGACCAGGUCACCGCCAGCUAACAGGGCAUUGUGGUUGGUAUUCCAUGGAGAAAAGUUAAGCAAUACCAUAAACGUUACAGUCAACGUCAAACCAUAAGAAAAAGAAAAUUACUGAUCGGAAAGCUCAAGAAUAAACAGCUUCCAGAAGAUUCGACGACCGAUCUACCGCAUUUAGUCAAAACAACUCCUUCACGUGAAGGUAGUAGUAGAGAAAUGAGACAUGACUUUAAUUUAAUUUAAUUUAAGCUUAAGAAUUAAGACCAACAAAGUCUGGGUGUUUUAGUCAUUUCGCUAGUCAAAAGUCGAUUUGUCUUACCGUGUGGCGCCGGCGCGUGUUUUCAUAAAUUCACAUGCUUGCUUUAUUUAUGUAAUACGCAAAAUACCCUAACAAAGCUCCACCGCUAAUCCUUCGAUACCGAACCUUUUGAAGAACGAAAAGCAAUGGCUUCAUUCGAGCAAGCGCCGCCCGGAAAUGCGAAAGCCGGGGAGAAGAUCUUCAAAACCAAGUGCGCGCAGUGUCACACCGUAGAUAAAGGCGCUGGUCACAAGCAAGGGCCAAAUUUGAAUGGGCUUUUCGGGAGGCAGUCCGGCACAACUGCGGGAUACUCUUAUUCCGCUGCUAACAAAAAUAUGGCUGUGAUUUGGUCAGAGAACACAUUGUAUGACUACUUGCUUAAUCCUAAGAAGUAUAUUCCUGGGACAAAGAUGGUUUUCCCCGGAUUGAAGAAGCCACAGGAUCGUGCCGAUCUCAUUGCUUAUCUCAAGGAAUCAACUGCCUGAUGGGUGUGCUUUUUAUCAGCUAUUUUGGAACAAAUGAAAGAGUUUUUGAUCAAUGAUUUUUUUUCUUUUUGUUACAUGAUAUAAAAACUAGGCGAUUCGCAUAAUAAAAGGAAAACAGCUCCAAUAUAAAUUGGGUUUUGGAGUUGAACCGAGUAGUGAAAAAGAUUUGUGUAAGACCAAUCACAUGAAAAGUGAGGCAUUUCAAAUUUUCAUGAUUUAUUUAGGCUCCAACAGUUUCACUGUUAGGUGCUGAUAACUUGUUUAUAUUAAUUCUUGAUGGGAUUUGGAUGA